UCCCCCGCCCUCCCGCUGCAAAGUUCAGAUCCCCAACUGUAACACUAAUCCUCCCUCCUCUAGGAACAUACAAAAUCACCGCUCAUUACAUUCAAUUCAAUCGUUUUGCCUUUCCAUGGCUGUCCCAGACAACCAGAGGCGUUUUUAUACUCAAUCACCUUCCAAUGCUCCCUCAACUGCCACUCUUCUUCAGUCUCCAAGGGGCUCCCAGGUCGUGCAGGCCGCGUUUGCCAGGGGUCCCCAGUCAGUGAGAAGUACCCAAAGCACAAACUCCCUUAGCGAGUCGCCUUACAGCAGUGCUGGUAGAACAGCGUCUCUACAAGAACAGUCACUAUCUGACAAGUUCUCCCUCUCUCCUGAUCCGUCGUCAUGGGGUCCCACUCUUGCCAUGAACUUCACAGAACCAGAUGACUUCCUCCAUAAUCCGGAUCCUCGCCGAGACCGCAAGAAUGACCGUGGCGGCUCCGUCUUCACUUACAGAGGUUUAACCAACCUCGGUUGCCUUAUUUUCCUUGCUCUUGGACUUGUUACCCUUUUUGCUGGAUACCCGAUAAUAUCCUAUUUUACAAAGCAAUCUCUUUCAAACGAGGGCGGAUUCAACAUCGGUGGAAUUAAUGCGAGCGGACAGAUCCCCUCUAUGCCGAAUAAUUAUGGUCUUAUCGACGUGGACACCCCAUCAUCCGCCCAUACCUACACGUCUUUCGCAGAUUCCUCGCAAUGGCAAUUGGUUUUCAGCGAUGAAUUCAAUCAAGAAGGCAGGACCUUCUGGCCUGGAGAUGACCCAUACUGGGAGGCUGUAAACCUUCAUUAUUGGCAGACCAAUGAUCUUGAAUGGUAUUACCCUGAUCAGGUUACGACCAGAAAUGGCUCGCUAGAAAUCACCCUAUCGGAAAGGGAAAUGAACAACUUGACUUUUACAAGUGCAUUAAUCUCCACUUGGAAUAAGUUUUGUUUCACAGGUGGCAUGGUUCUGGCGUCAGUGAGUUUACCAGGGGCAAACGAUGUUAGUGGUUUGUGGCCGGCAGUAUGGUCGAUGGGCAACCUUGGACGAGUCGGAUACGGCGCAAGCCUCGACGGAAUGUGGCCUUACUCUUAUGAUGCCUGCGAUGCCGGCACAGCCCCCAACCAGACGGUCAAUGGCGUACCAUCGGCAGCUCUUACCGGCAACCCGUAUGAUGGCAGCACGCUUUCUUAUCUUCCUGGUCAGCGUUUGUCAAGGUGUACUUGCAAAGGAGAAUCCCAUCCGGGACCUGUGCACUCGGAUGGGACAUACGUUGGUCGGUCUGCGCCCGAAAUCGAUGUCUUCGAAUCACAGGUCAUUCUGGAGGGACAAGUUUCUCAGUCUGCGCAAUGGGCUCCUAUGAACUAUGGCUAUCAAUGGGUUAACACAUCUUCCACCUAUAAUAUUCCCAACUCAGGUGUCACCGCACUCAAUUCGUACCUCGGUGGUGUCUACCAGCAGGCCACGUCUGGUGUCACAAAUACAAACCAGAAUUGCUACACACAGGAGACUGGCUGCUUUUCGACCUACGGAUACGAGUAUAAGCCAGGUUACAAAGCUGAUGGAGGUUACAUCAGUUGGAUCGCAAAUGAUGUCGUUGCGUGGACACUCGAUGCCGGCGCAAUGGUAGCUGAUACUGUGACUCAAAUUGCAGACAGACCAAUCCCCCAGGAGCCAAUGUAUCUCAUCACCAACUUGGGCAUCUCUCAAAGCUUCCAAACGGUUGACUUCACGAACCUGGUUUUCCCAGCUACCAUGCGGGUAGACUGGAUUCGUGUCUAUCAGCCUAAAGGCUCCAUCAACAUCGGCUGUGACCCUAAGGAUUUCCCGACUAGUGCAUAUAUAAAUGAAUACAUCGAAGCAUACACAAAUCCGAACUUGACGACUUGGACAAAAGACUAUAAUCAACCCUUUCCCAAGAACAAUCUCACAUCCACGUGCUAGGUGGUACAUAUGUGGUCGCCUGUCUUUUAUUGUUGUUUUUGUGGACCUCCGUCGGACUGGUAUCAUCCAAUUGUCUGUCUUCUACAGGGUUUCAUUCGUCCUUGUAUCCCCCGUGCAUACUUGUCCACGUACUCUAUGCCUUAUUUGUUCUGUCCUCCCAUUACUGUUUAAGUCCUCUGUUGGAGGUCCGCAUAUCAUCUACACUUAUGUUGGGAAUUUUGGGGUAUAUUAUAUUUCCGUAGAGGCGUUAAGAUUUGAUGUAACCGCGAAAAAGAUCGUCACUUGGGAUUACAUAAUUACGUGGUCGAAUAGCCAAUACGUGAUAAAACAAUGGGAAGAUAUAAAAUAUAUAAAAUCCUACAUCU